UCAAAAUUUAUAUAUAAUAAAAAUAUUUAUAUAAAUUUUAAAUAUUUUCGAUGAGUUUUUCGAGUCAAAAUUAUUUGGCGUGUCACGUGACUGUACAUCAAAUUUAUUUAUAAUUAUAUUGUAUUAACAAUGUCUGUUAAAGUGCAAUUUUUAAAGUGCGGUUUAUGCGCUACGUUUUAUCUCGUCGUUUGUUUGAUUUUAAUUAACGUGAAGAGAAAUUUUAAUUUGGAAGAAGAACCGAUAGGUAACUUGACAGCGAUCAAAUAUGAGGUGCAAACACUUGGACUCUCGACUCUAGACAGAAUAAUUAAGAAGAAUGUCGAGUCGGAAGUGGAAAUGUUGCGGAUAGACGAGUUGAAGGGUGAAGCUAUCGAUUUUCAGGAGAGUGCGACCCUACUUAAACAGGUGUCGAACGUCUGCGCAAAGUACAAACUGAGAACUCCUCUUGUUAAAAGACAUUUUUUAUAUAACACUAAACAUAAAUCACUGUAUUGUUGGAUUCGCAAAGUUGCAUCUACCAGCUUCACCAAAUUAUUUUCCGACAUGAGCAACCGUCGCGUCAGUCACAACUUUUACAAAGAAGUGGACUUUUUGUCGCCAAAAAGUUUGACAGAUCUCCAAUAUCUUGUUAGCAAUAAUACUGUCUUUAAGUUGCUCAUCGUCAGACAUCCGUUUCAACGACUAGUCUCAUCCUAUAGGGACCGUAUCGAGGACAACAGCAGAUACACAGCGCAAUCUUGGCUCUACGCUCGUCAGAUUCUUUAUCUCUCGAGACCGGAACUCUUUCGACCCAACGCGACGGGUGGCAGCGUCCUCCAAAGUAUAUUUUUGACAAACAGAAGAUUAAAAGUGGUGCCCAGCUUCCGAGAGUUCCUGGAAUGGCUGCUGAGACAACCAACAGAUCACGAUGAUGAUCACUGGGGCCAAUAUUAUACUCAUUGCGGAGUCUGCGACACGAGUUACAAUUUCAUCCUGAAACUGGACCAGUACACUUUCGGGGAGAUCAAUUACGUUCUAUCCAAGCUGAAACUGGACAAGAGUAAGAUCUACCUGCCUAAGUUGCAACGCACUCGUACUGGAAUCACUGACUUUGACGUAACAUGCAAGUAUUUUCAUGAUCUGACACCUGACAUGGUCCUGCGACUGUAUGAAAGAUACCAAGUGGAUUUUGAGAUGUAUGAUUAUAAGAUAGAUAAAUAUUUGUCUUGUGCUAAGAGAAAAACUUAAUUCUUAGUCGAGAUAAGUUCAUUAUAGAGCAAUGAUAAUACUCGAUUCAAAAUAGUUUUGCUUUAUACAAUUAAAUUCUGGAGGAGAAAAAUAUGUAAUCUUUUUUAUAAUUGUAUAUAUAUAUAUAUAUAGAAUAAAUUUUAGUUGUGAGGUUUGGACAAGA